AGCGAAGUGCGCCAGCAAAUCUGUGAAGCACAAUCGAUGCAGACAGAUGCUCUGAGUCAUCCCUGGUUCACAGCUUCCUAAGAUAUCCACUCAGUCCCGAGAAACCGGCCAGGCGUCCUGUCUCCCCCAGCCCGGCGUCCUCUCCCGGCCGUUAGUUUCGCGGAGCUCGAGAGCGCCCCUCAUCGCGACACAACAGCACACCCACGCCACACACGGCAACACACGUCGCAACAUGCACAAGAUGGCAAAAGCAAAAGCAAAGCAAACAAAACACAUGCGAGUUAUGAUAUUGUGGUAUUGAGUCAAUUUGAAAGUUCCAACUGAUCAGCCAUUCAUCGAAUUACUCAACAUUCAUCUCGCCGGAAUCGUCGACUAAGUCAGCUUAAGCCUUAAUGCAAUGCAAUAUGUCUGAUGCCUGACAUGUUACACCCAUUGUACAGAGAGGCUUGAAGGCCUAGGAACUGGCCACUCUGGCAAAAUGGCCCGGAGAAAGUUGAGACAGGCAUCGCGCCUCCCUUCACUGUUGCGCUUCUUCAGGGACUCACGACCUUCAUGUCCAUUGCAAAUUUCCAGCCCAUCCACGAACACGCCUUUUACAACGAUAAGUGUGUAUAGUGUAUACGUGUGUGUACAUGUGUGUACUUGAGAGUUGACAUUGCUUGCCUGAUACUUUGUCGUCGUUAAGAUGUGCAGCCAACCAAUUCAUCGCGAUAUCCUCACAGUUCCUCUCUCGAUUGACCACGUCAAUAACAGACCUUUGUCAAUCAACAUGACAGGUAGCGCAGAAUAUGUUUGUCACAGCUGCUUGCUCACCGAGGCAUGAAAUUCUUGUAGUCCUUAAGAAGCGAUGUAGGCAUCAAGGCAAGACUCGUCAAAGCGAUAUUGUUGUCAUUUUUGUCGGAAUCGUAGUAUAGCGCGUGCGAACCACUUGAACACUCAUAAAUGGAGCGUCGAAACCCUCUUGAAGUCACGAUUCUUCCCGGAAACUGCCGAGCUGCGAGCAAUAGCUUAUGGACUCCGCCUGGCAAACAGCGAAUUUUGUGGCAGACGAUGUUAUUCUUUGUAUCUUCUCUCACUGCACGAAAGCGAUCUGUCGUCAUCGAGCGUAAGCGUGAAAGGCGUGGUAACGUAGUCUGCGGCAAAAAAUCUCUCUCCGAUCCCCCUUUCACCCGGAAUGAUCCGCACCUUCGUGAACUUCCUUGUCAUGUCCUUCAGCGCCCGGCGGAAACUGCGCAGUGAUUGUUGAGGUGGUGCCCAGCUGUCUAAAAUGAUUUUCUCAAUGAAAACACAAUCAUGCAGAGGGCCUAGAAAGGACGUGAUCCACGAGGAUGCUCGAAACGGACCGAUUGCCACAGCCACAGUGACUUUCCCCUGAACGUCACAGAUACGACAGUGGCAAAAAAAUCGGCUGUGCCCUCACCUGGAGAUCUUCCAACGUGUUGCUGUUCAUGUCAAGCGUUACUCUGUCUCUCACAUGACCCUUAGGGGCAACGCUUUGGAGACGGUCACAGCAUGCGGCUGAAGACCAGUCGUUGAGCGUCGCGUUGUGCAGGCUGACGGUACCGUAGCGAGGUGUGGCGAGCGUUUUAUCUCCAUCGCAAUGCGGCUUCGCGGGUGUUCUUUUUUGCAGCAGUCGGACGCGCAGCAAUCGGGGAUUGGGUGUCGCGUUGUGCAGGUUGAGCAGAUCUGCUGUAAGGCGUCCGACAAUCACCCAAAACCAAGCCCCGCGAAGUAAGAUCAUGAC